UGCACGAAUUGCGAAACCACGAACACUCCAUUGUGGAGGCGUAAUCCAGAGGGCCAGCCUCUCUGCAAUGCAUGUGGGCUGUUCCUGAAACUCCAUGGCAUUGUGCGUCCACUGAGCCUCAAGACAGAUGUGAUCAAGAAGCGUAACAGG